AUGGAUUGGUCGGCAUUGGACCUACUGACCAGAAGUGUCCUGGCACAGCAUUCAGCGGAGUGGUGGUUGUGUAUGGAAUAUACGCAUCUCUUGCCGCAGCCUGCGCAAAUCGCGGCUCAAAACUUCUGGAUCCCAAAGAUGGAUUGCCAGAUAUUGAUGUUUGCCUUGGCUGCAAGCCUUUUGGCGGCUUUGUGGUGGAAACUCGGGAAGAGCUGGCAGGCUCGGCGUCGGAAGGAACUUGGUGGGUAUAAAGCCUUGCCUUUGGUUUCAGAUGAGGAGGAGGCACAUGUCGAGAGCCACGAAGGCCCCUACAUCUCGUACCCAGUCGAUUCCGAUGGAGAAUCGCCAGAGGUGGAUCGUGCCGAAGACUCAUUGCUCAAGACGCCUUGCACGGCAGAUUCUGAAGCGCAGCAGAGCGAACCCGACGUGUCACUGGGCAUUUGCAGCACUCUUUUCUUUGGACUUGGCACGCUCACGUGGCUCGUGGCACUCCUACUUUGCAAAACAACGACUUGGCUGAUGCUGCUCAUGACCAUGCCUGGCUAUUUCUACGGAGCCUUCGUGGCUCUUUAUGCUGAAUGGAGUCACGAUCCCGUGGACUUAAUCAUCGGCAUCGUGAGUGCGGCACUCUUCGUUUGGUGCCUGGCUUUGCCAUUUCUGGAAGGAAAACCUUGGUAUGUCCUGGCACUCCAAGGCGCCAGCGCGCUUCUUGGAACACUGGCACUGAGGUCGCGCUUCUGGUUCACGGAACUGGAGCCCAUUAAGAGAUUCAGACUCAGCCUUUCUAGCCUCCUAGUGGCCUGGUUAGCCGUGGACCUGAUGCCUGUUUCUGCUACUUGA